UCUGUAACCACACAGACAGCCGCGCCCCUUUCACGACUUCUUCCAUUCUUCCCCCGCAAAACUCCCAUAUCAACCGCAACUCUGGUCCUCGGGAUCCCUGCAUCCCGACCGUCCCGUGCCUCGCCAAAACUCCGGACAGCCUCCUCUCUCUUCUCUUCUCUGUCCCGAUCCGUUCUGUUCUCUCUCUCUUACCCUCUCUCCCGGCCAGCCGAGCCAGACUUAUCCAGCAAGAGGCUCAAUGGUUUCGGUAAGCGGAAACAGGGGGCAGACAACCACUCUGUCCCACGACUUUACGCGCUGGUGCCCCCCCCCCCCCCCUUUUAG